AUGUAAUUAUCCUUAUAAACUUAACUUUUUAUCUUAAUAUAGAAUAUAAUAAACUCGUUUUUUUAUUAAUAAAAUAACUGUUUCUUUUCAUUAACUUUAUAUUUGGUUAUCCAGAUUAAAUUUAAAAAAAGCUUAACAAUUUUAAAUUAUUAAUAAAUAGAGUAAAAUUAUCUAAAUGUUUUAAAUUACCACAAUGGAGAUUUAAUCUCAUCGAAAAAUAAGAAUUAGUUUAAUGAUCAUAAUGAUGGAAGUCCUUUUAGAGAUGAAAUUUAUUUGGUAACAUCUUAUUUUGGUUUUUUAAUGUGUUCUUUAGAAUAAUCUAUCUAAAUAAAUUUGAUUCAAAAAUAUGAAUUAAAUACUCUAAAAAUCUGGCUUUGGGAUAGGAAUAAUAGAUUUUAUACAAUGGAAGUAUUUAUAAUAUUUGAAAAUGUGGAAACAAGGAUUUAUGAGAAUAAUUAAGCUUAAAGCAUAUUGACAAUUAAAUUUCCAGCUUAAAAGGUCGAAUCAUUUAGAAAACAGAUGAUUUAUAAAUUAAAUUAAAAAUUGUCAAAUGACUAUAUAUAAUACUGGAGGUAAUACAGUUAAUUCAAUUUUACAUAUAAUAAAGGUUGA